AUGCGACCCCAAGGCCUUUGGAGGUCCGUCGGCCUCGUCCACCGCGCAUGCACCCGCUCCUUUCUAGAGACCGGCUCGGGUCGCCGAUCCUUCCAGACAGCCAGCUCCUCGCCACGAGUCCCCGACUUCGCGUUUGCCUUCGACAUUGACGGCGUGCUGCUGCGAUCCUCCAAACCCAUUCCCGGAGCGGCCGAGUCGCUGGCCCUCCUCAAGGACCAAGGAAUCCCCUUCAUUCUCCUGACCAACGGAGGCGGGAAACACGAAACGGAGCGAGUCGCGGAGAUCAGCGAGAAACUGCAAGUGCCAUUGGACCCGUCGGUGAUUAUCCAGAGCCAUUCGCCCUUUGCGGAGCUCGUGCGGGGACCGGAUGAACAGAGCGCCCUGGAGAACAAAUGCGUGUUGGUCGUCGGAGGCGAGGGCGAUGGCUGUCGCCAAGUUGCAGAAAAAUACGGGUUCAAGAACGUGGUCACCCCCGGCGACAUCUUCAUGGCCAACCCGACCAUCUGGCCGUUUUCCAAGGUAUUCCGCAACUACUACGAGGGAUUCACGCGGCCUCUCCCACCAUUCAGCCCCCGCGACCCCAAGGACCCCACCAAGGGCCUCAAGAUCGAUGCCGUCUUCGUCUUUAAUGACCCGCGCGACUGGGCCCUCGACGCCCAGGUCAUCCUGGACGUCCUGCUCUCGUCCCAGGGUGUUCUAGGCACGGUAUCCGAGAUGAAUGGCCGCUCGGAUCUCCCGAAUCGAGGAUAUCUGCAGGACGGCCAGCCUCAUCUCUACUACUCCAACCCGGAUCUGGUGUGGGCUGCGGCAUACCACCUCCCGCGUCUCGGCCAGGGCGGAUUCCGCGAGGCGCUGGAUGGCACCUGGGCUGCCAUCACGGGCGGGCCUAGCAAAGGCGCCGAGCUGAAGAAGACGAUUAUCGGGAAACCGCACCAGGGGACGUAUGAGUUCGCGGAGAACCAGCUGCUACGGAACCGCUCGCGGGCAUUCGGCGCGAACAUCCAGCAGCCGCUGCGGAAUGUCUACAUGGUGGGCGAUAACCCGGAAUCCGAUAUCCAGGGGGCCAAUACAUACAGGAGCGCACAUGGUAGCCAGUGGCACUCGUUACUCGUGCGAACUGGAGUCUACAGCGGAGGGGAGCCGACGUGGACCCCCAAGACUAUUGUGGACAAUGUGCAGAAGGCUGUUGAGUAUGGGCUGAAGACGUCUCAAUGGUAA